AUGAAUACCGGGAUGCUCUGCGGCAUUCGUUUUUCUUUAUCGCCUCUAUGGACGAGAAAGGUCGACUUAGACGUGAUCCUACGCAGCCCGUGGGUGUUCCGGUGCUGGACUUUCCAAGAGUUCCUCUUAGCACGCGAUAUGGUAUUCCUCUGCGGAGAAGAAACAAUUAUAUGGGAGGAAUUGGCAAACGCAAUCUGUUUCCAUCACGAGGACAGCUACUUUGUGAGGUCAAAGCCCAUCAACGAGGUCACUUUUGAGCAGUGGUGGCCCCUUGUCACGCUUUGGUUCAACUUCUCUCGAAGAAGCCUGCGAUCGUGGCCUCGACAAGGGAGAGAUCAGCAACGGAUAAAGUCCAUCCAAGAGGGAGUCAAAACUGUAUGGAGUGCGUCUAGAUAUGGUCCAGCAAGCCAAUUGCAUAUGUUCUGUUUAAUUUCCAGUGUGCUGGUUGGUGCUGGCCUCGUGGCGCUCUACUGGGCUGUAUGGAAGGGGGCAGAGACUGGAACAGAUGAGCCUGGACGGUUCGGCUUCUUCUGGUUCUUUGGCAGCCUCAUCUACUUGAGCCUGUCGAUAAACCUACUCAAGAUAUGGAGACAGCUCGUGGUUGGGCUCGACCAGAAGUGGGCAAGAGCAGAUAAUGCAGACGGCGAGAUCCGUGCCCGCGUUAUCGAUGGCGUCCGCUCGGCGUUGAAGAACCGCGACUGCUCAGACCAUCACGAUAAGUCAUUUUCUUUGCACGGGGUCCUCGACAUCUGCCGCGUCACGCCGAGCAAGCCAGAUUACGGACGCUCAGUGGGCGAGACCUACCACGUCCUCAUGCAGGAGCUCAUCGCCUGGGAUGCCCAGGCGCUCGUCAUGAUUCUUGAUGCUGGGAAGCCUUUACAGCUGGCGCCAUCCUGGGUCCCCAACUGGUCCGAGAGCGGUCCUAGCGAGUGGCUCGUAUCGCAGUAUCGCACACGCACUGGGGCGAGUGCUCCAAACGCAGCGUAUCCAAGUCUGCCCAGAGACGUCAGUAUUGUCGACAACGCCAUCCUUCGACUUCAGGGGAAGCGCGUAGGCACAGUUACGUUUAGUACAGACAUGCGCAUCCCGGCCGAGAGUAGUACCUCCCAAGCGCAGCCAGGUGUUGGUUUGGUAUCAGCACUGUUCCGCCUCGUGCAAUUCUUCGCAUAUGUAGGUGGCAGAACGAGUCACGGCCUGCUUAGCGAUGACGCAACCACUACAACAUUCUCCGUGCUUGAAGGGCUUAUUCGAAUACGAGGGACAACAUAUAAGCAAAGCAAUAGUGGUAUGAUGCAACACACGGUGCGGCUGCCGGCUUGGGAGGGCCCGUAUGAUUUUACUAAGGAGAAGAGAGAGUUCUGGCGACUGAGUGAGCUGCUCAAGGUGAUUGCGGCUGCAUUGCCAGGAUUGAAUCUCGAAUCAGAAGAAGGAUCCAGAGAUGCGACUGUCCAGCUGUUUGAGCAGGUUGCCGGCCGGGCUUAUAUAGGAAACUACUUCCUUCGGCUGGUGAAAAUUUUGGUUGAGCAGAAGAGAGGUCUGUAUGUCUUGUCGGGUGGGCUUGCAGGUACGGGCCCUCUUGGAGUCUCUGUUGGAGACGAAGUCUUCGUGCUCCCCGGUAUUCCGACUCCCAUGGUGUUGAGAAAAGCAGGCAAUGGUCGCGGUUGGACAGUCGUUGGGGCGACGCUUGUUCAUAGCAUCAUGUACGGUCAAUUAUAUGUUGGGAAUGGAUAUGAGACUAUAGAUCUCCUUUGA